AAAAUGACAUUUAACUCCUUAUUUUAUGUCCUAUAAAAUGGUGCACAAGGAGGCAUCUAAAUCAUGCACUAAACAAAAUAGAUAUACACAAAAUGGGAUCAAUGAAUAUGGUGAACAAACCUCAUGCUGUUUGCAUACCCUUUCCUGCACAAGGCCACAUUAAUCCCAUGCUAAUACUUGCCAAAAUCCUACACUCCAAAGGCUUCCAUAUAACCUUUGUCAACACCGAAUUCAACCACCAACGCCUCGUAAAAUCACAAGGCUUGGACACCCUCAACCGCUACACAUCUUUUCGAUUCGAGACCAUUCCUGACGGGCUUCCGCCACCUGAAAACCUAGAUGCGACCCAAGACAUCCCCGCAUUAUGCAAGUCCACCUCGGAGACAUGUCUGGAACCGUUUAAGACGCUCCUCGCGAAACUCAAUGACACCGCAACGAGGCCUCCAGUCAGUUGUAUAGUUGCGGAUGGUGCGAUGAGCUUUACACUUGAUGCAGCACAUGAGUUGGGUAUCCCUGAAGUUCUAUUUUGGACAACUAGUGCUUGUGGCUUCUUGGGUUAUGUACACUAUGAUACUCUCAGGCAAAAUGGAUUCUUUCCACUAAAAGAUUCCGCUGAUUUAACCAAUGGGUACUUGGAUACAAUUGUUGAUUGCAUACCUAGCAUGCAAGGCACGCGCUUGAAGGAUAUGCCAACGUUCCUCCGAAGCACAAAUCCAGAGGAACUCAUGGUCAAUUUUGUAAUCGGCGAAACUACUAGAGCGAAAAAUGCUUCAGCAGUAAUACUCAACACCUUUGAAGACUUAGAGCAUGAAGUCUUAAACGAGCUAUCAUCAACGUAUCCUUCGGUUUUCUCAGUUGGGCCAUUACACACCAUUGCAAACAAUAUGGUAGCAAACGAUCUAAACUUGUUGGGUUCGAGUUUAUGGAAAGAAGAUACCCAAUGCCUAGAAUGGCUCGACUCAAAAGAAGCUAAUUCGGUUGUUUAUGUGAACUUUGGAAGCAUAACCGUGAUGACACCCCAACAACUAGUUGAGUUCUCUUGGGGGCUUGCAAAUAGUAACCAAACCUUUUUAUGGGUUAUCCGACCCGACCUGGUGUCUGGAGACUCCCCAAUGCUGCCACCAGAGUUCCUUGAGGCGACUAGCAAGAGGGGGUUGUUAACAACUUGGUGCCCUCAACAAAAAGUCCUAAACCACCCAUCUAUUGGAGGGUUUUUGACACACAGUGGAUGGAACUCGACGCUAGAGAGUAUAUCGAGUGGAGUUCCAAUGAUUUGUUGGCCAUUCUUUGCCGAACAACAGACAAAUUGUUGGUAUAGUUGUAAUAAAUGGGGCAUUGGAAUGGAGAUCGAUAGUGAUGUUCAUAGAAAAGAAGUUGAAAAACUUGUGAGGACUUUAAUGGUGGAAGAAAAAGGAAAAGAAAUGAGAAAGAUGGCUAUGGAUUGGAAGAAAAAGGCUGAAUCCUCUUCAUCGUUGUUGAACAUAGACAACUUGAUCAACCAAGUGCUCCUUCAGUCCUAAAGGUUCAGAUAGUUGAAAGAAAAAUGUUUUCUAAUAAUCUUUGUAUCUUAUGGUUUAAAUGUUUUGUUUUCAUUUUUAUUGUGCAUUUUUCUUGAAUAACAUAUGCUUUAAUCAUGUAUUAAUUAUAAAUUUGAACGGAAAA